AUUAUACUACAUUUCCUGUCUCCUGUUCAAUUGAUGAUUGAAAACUCUUUCAGAACCAACCUUAAACGCAUUUGAGAUGGUGAAGGACUCCAUAGAUGGUUUCUCUUCACUGCCCGACUCCAAAUUCUAUGAUGAUGAUGGCCGUCCUAAACGAACAGGAACCGUUUGGACUACAAGCUCCCACAUAGUAACCGCUGUUGUAGGAUCUGGGGUGCUGUCUUUAGCAUGGGCAAUAGCUCAAAUGGGUUGGGUUGCUGGUCCUGUAGCGCUGAUCAUCUUCAGCAGCAUUACUUGGUACACUUCAUUGCUUCUAGCUGAAUGUUAUCGUUUAGGAGACCCCAUUUCCGGAAAAAGAAACUAUUCUUUCAUGGAUGCAGUUCAGAACAUUCUUGGUACUACCAGUGCUAAGAUUUGUGGGAUAGUCCAGUACUCGAGUCUUUACGGCGCUGCAAUAGGAUACACAAUCGCAGGUGCCAUUAGUAUGAUGGCAAUAACAAGGACUAACUGUCUCCAUUCUUCAGGCGGAAAAAACCCAUGUCCCAUAGAUAGCAACCCAUACAUGAUCGGUUUUGGAGUAAGCCAAAUUUUCUUAUCUCAAAUUCCAGAUUUUCCUCAAACAUGGUGGCUCUCAAUUGUUGCAGCAAUCAUGUCUUUCACUUAUUCCUUUAUUGGUCUCUUCCUGGGAAUUGCUAAAAUUUCAGAGAAUGGUACCAUCAAGGGUAGUCUCACAGGAGUUACCAUUAGAACUGUGACAAAAAUUGAAAAAGUGUGGGGGAUUUUCCAAUCUUUUGGUUGCAUAGCCUUCGCCUAUUCGUUCUCUCAAAUUCUCAUUGAAAUUCAGGACACCAUAAAAAACCCACCAUCUGAAGUGAAAACAAUGAAGAAGGCCACAAAGUUAAGCAUUAGUGUUAUCACAGUAUUUUACAUGCUUUGUGGGUGCUUUGGCUAUGCUGCUUUUGGAGACGCAGCACCUGGGAAUCUCCUCACUGGAUUUGGCUACUCUAACGCAUAUUGGCUUAUAGACAUUGCUAAUGCAACAAUCCUAGUUCACAUGUUUGGAGCGUACCAAGUGUAUGUCCAACCCCUCUUUGCAUUUAUUGAGAAAGAGGCAGUAAAAAGGUGGCCAUCAGUUAACAAGGAAUACAAGAUUCCAAUUCCUGGUUUUGCUCCUUAUAAUCUAAACUUGUUUAGAUUGGUUUGGAGAACACUGUUUGUUAUCUCAACCACUUUCAUAGCAAUGUUGAUUCCAUUCUUCAAUGACGUUUUGGGGAUCCUUGGAUCACUGAAUUUUUGGCCUUUGACUGUUUAUUUCCCAGUGGAGAUGUAUAUAAAGCAGAAGAAGAUCCCAAAAUGGAGUAGGGCAUGGAUUGGUCUGCAAAUUAUAAGUGUAGUUUGCCUUGUAGUGUCAGUUAUGUCUGCUAUUGGCUCAGUGGCCAGUGUAGCGCUUGACUUAAAGGUUUACAAACCUUUCGUCACAAACUUUUAAGCUCCAUACAUACAACAUCUUCUGUAGGCAGUGAUGUUUGUGUGUUGUGUAAUCAUUAUCUAUUGGGCAACGCAGUUAUAUUAUCCUUAAGAUAAUUUUCAAAAAUACA